AUGUCCUCCUAUACACCACAGACAAAUUUGCCGCUUGAACGAUCUCGUCUUAUUGGAAUGAUUCUGGGAGGUGUAUCCUACGGGGUAUACCUUCUUCUUACUGUACAAGCGGUGACUGCUCUCAUGCAACGUCCCCGACGUGGACAAAAAAUUGCAAACAAUCAUCGCAUGCUUGUUUGUUACACCCUCCUCACGUUCGCACUUUCGACGGUAUGCUUCGCUUGCGGUACUAAAUAUACGGAGAUGAUCUGGAUAGACCUCCGUGAUGCACCUGGUGGUCCCGUUGCACACAUUGAGAACGCAAUGCACUACCGUAUCAACUUUGUGGCGAUACUCUGGCAAGCACCUUUACCUAUCCACCUACACACAACGUUGAUGGUUUCAUCUAGUGGUUACGUCACGGAGUGGUUCAUGCAAGCACUGCUCCUUUACCGAUGUUUUGUGCUAUGGGAUUGGGCGAGACAUGUGAUGAUCCCCAUGUUACUCGUCUAUAUUGGCAUGAUUGCAGUAGCCAUUGACGUCUUGGUCCAGGCGGGUACCGGGGCUCCGUUUUACACUAUCAGCGCCGCAAUUGCAUAUCUCGCCUUCUUAGUGGCGAACACCGUGCUUUAUACCAUUCUCGUGGCGAAGCGUCUGCUCUCCAUGCGAAGCGAGAUGAAGACGGCGUUGGCUGAAUAUGACUCUAGCAUCUAUGAUACAAUCAUUCUCAUGGUCGUCGAGUCCGCCGUGAUAUACAGUGUCUACGUCAUCGUCUUCAUAGUUGCAUUUGCUAUGCAUUCAGAUACUGUCUCCACGCUAUGCUUCCUGUCCAUCUACCAAGUUCAAGGCAUUACGCAAUUGUCCAUCAUCAUACGCGUGGCACGGGGUAGGGCAGUUACCCAUGUUUGGUCGACCCGAAAUGCUCCAGCAGCACCUACGACUCUGGCAUUCGCAGGGACUACGUCAGAAGGACCCAAUGCAACACAAGCAGCUACGCCAGAGCAGGACAGUGCCAGUGAAUCGUGUUUUGUUUCGGCAAAGUCGGCAGAGGCAAAUGUAUAG